AAGCUUAGAAUUCCUUCAAGGUUGAGAAAAAAAUGGCUGCGUCCAGUUACACAUGUUUGCUCUCCACUCGAAGGUCGUUUUUAGCUUCCCUGAGAUCAUACUCCAGAUACAGUACAGCAUUCCAGAAAUAUAAAAUAAAACCACAAGGAUUUGUUCCCGUUUACCAAGCUCAAAAUAUAGUGCCUUGGACUAGAUCAUUCAGCACCAGUCCAUACUAUUUUAGUUCAGACAAUGAGCAGACUGUCACCGCUGAACCAACAGAAGAGGAGUAUCACACGCUUAUAAAGGACACAGAACGAGCAAAAGGUCCACUGGAUCAUCAUGAAUUUCAAGCUGAGACCAGAAAAUUACUGGAUAUUGUUGCUAGAUCACUGUAUUCAGAAAAGGAGGUGUUUAUUCGAGAGCUGAUUUCUAAUGCCAGUGAUGCCCUGGAAAAGUUACGAUAUCUACAGAUGACAGAUUCGGACAUUCGAGACUCUGAUGUACCCAUGGAGAUUCACAUCCGAGUGGACGAAAGUAAAAAGACAUUCACAAUACAGGAUACUGGCAUAGGUAUGACCAAGGAAGAAAUGAUUGAAAACCUUGGAACCAUUGCCAAGUCUGGCUCCAAGGAGUUCUUAGAAUCUAUAACUAAAAAGCCAGAAGAAGUGAGCAGCAACAUCAUUGGUCAGUUUGGAGUAGGAUUUUAUUCCUCUUUCAUGGUGGCAGAGAAAGUAGAAGUGUUCUCACAAUCUAACAAGCCUGGAAGCCAGGCAUUCUCCUGGAUAUCUGAUGGCACUGGAAGUUAUGACAUCGCAGAAGCUGAAGGAGUUCAAAGAGGGACAAAAAUUGUUCUUCAUUUAAAAGGAGACAGUUAUGACUUUGCCAAGGAAGAACGCAUCAAAGAGGUUAUUAAGAAAUACAGCAAUUUUGUUGGUGUUCCAAUUUACCUGAAUGGAAAGCGAGCAAAUAUCAUACAGCCGUUAUGGAUGAUGGAUCCCAAGGACAUCACUGAUGACAUGCAUGAGGAAUUUUAUCGCUUCAUUGGAAAUGUGUAUGACAAACCACGCUACACACUUCAGUACAAAAUUGAUGCUCCCUUAAACAUCCGAGCUCUGUUUUACGUACCAGAGUAUAAGCCCACCAUGUUUGACAUGAGCCGUGAAACAGAUGUGAGUGUUAACCUAUACAGUAGAAAAGUGAUGAUCAUGCCACGAGCUAGUCACAUCCUUCCCAGGUGGUUAAGGUUCAUGAAAGGUGUUGUGGAUAGUGAGGAUAUCCCUCUAAACUUGAGUAGAGAACUCCUACAGGAUAGUGCUCUCAUCAGGAAGUUGAAUGAUGUGUUGACAACUAGGAUAAUUAAAUUUUUCUUGGACCAAAGUAAGAAAGACCCACAGACUUACAUGAAGUUUUAUGAGGAUUAUGGACUCUUCUUCAGAGAGGGCAUUGUGACAACACAUGAACAAGAUCAAAGGGAGAGAAUAGCUAAGCUUCUGAGGUUUGAGUCAUCUAAGAUGGCCCCGGGGGAAGUGAUUGGUCUGGAUGAGUAUGUAGAGAGGAUGAAGGCAGGAGCUCGAGACAUCUUCUACCUGUCUGCUCCAAAUCGUCAAUUGGCGGAGAGUUCCCCCUACCUAGAAGCUUUACAGAAAGAAGACAAAGAAGUGUUGUUCCUGUACGAGCCCUAUGAUGAGCUCGUUCUUAUGAAUCUAGGACAGUUUUACAAGAAGAAUCUCAAAUCCAUUGAGAAUGAGAUUACCAGUGUAGAUAAAGAUGAGGAGAUAGGAGAGUCCGACUCGGGCAGUCUGUCUCGGUCUGACGCCAAUGAUUUAAUGGACUGGAUCUCCAACACACUCAUGAACAAAGUCAGUAAAGUUAAGGUGACAAAGAGAUUAUCAUCCCAUCCAUGUGUGAUAACCGUGGCAGAGAUGGCUUCAGCCAGACAUUUUCUAAGGACAACGCUGGCUGGCAAAAGUCAGGAGGAGAGAUACAGACUGCUUCAACCCACACUGGAAAUCAAUCCCAGUCACCCACUGAUUAAGAAACUUCACUCCUUACAACAAAAUAACCCAGAGCUUGGAAGGCUGGUGGUAGAACAGUUAUAUGAUAACGCUAUGAUACAUGCUGGUUUGGUGGACGACCCUCGCACAAUGGUGGACCGUCUUAAUGAACUUCUGGUGAAAGCUCUAGAUAAACACUGAGAUGGGUGCGUCUAUACAUAGGAUCAUCAACACUUAGAGAUGUUGCAAUGUACAUGUACAUUAAUAUAUCUGUUGUAGGCAGUUUUAAUAAAUUUUACCUGCUUUGUGGUAAAAAUUCCACUGUUUGUAGGACAACUUCUAUAUGUAACAUUCAUGUUUUAACAUUUACACUGCUAAUCUUUGCAUCAUGGAGCGACAAUUCGUGACAUUUUAUAAAACUUGAGUGACUGAAGAGUGUGCAAAAAAAAAACUUGACUGUGAUUCAAUAAAAGUACAAUUUCU